AUGGGUGCCUCUGGCAGCGGAAAGACGUCGAUGCGCUCCAUGAUCUUCUCGAACAACCCCGCGUCGCUGACGGAGCGCCUGGGCGCGACGAUCGACGUCGAGCAGAACCACGUGCGGUUCCUGGGGGACCUGAUCCUGAACCUGUGGGACUGCGGCGGGCAGGAGGCGUUCAUGGAGUCGUACCUGCACCAGCAGCGGAGCACGGUGUUCUCCGCGGUGGGCGUGCUCAUUUAUGUGUUUGAUAUCGAGACGCGCGAGCUGGGGCGGGAUCUGGAGUAUUUCCGGGAGUGUUUGGAGGGGCUGAGGCAGUAUAGUCCGGCGGCGAGUGUGUUUUUGCUGGUGCAUAAGAUGGAUCUGGUGAGGGAGGGGGAGAGGGCGGCGGUGUUGGCGCGGAAGAGGGAGGAGCUGGAGAGGGCGAGCGGGGGGAAGGGGGUGACGGUGUUUGGGACGAGUAUCUAUGACGAGACGCUGUAUAAGGCUUGGUCUGGGAUCGUGCACACGCUCAUCCCGAACGCGUCGACGCUCUCGCGGCACCUGCGCAUCUUCGCGGACGCGUGCAGCGCGAACGAGGUCGUCCUCUUCGAGCGCACGACGUUCCUCGUCAUCGCCACCUCGUCCUCGUCCGCCCCGGCCCCGGUCGACGGCGGCGACAUUUCUGCGGCAGAGGCGGCGGCUGCGGCGGCCCCAGACGAGACGGCGCUGAACCCGAAGCGGUACGAGCGCACGUCGGAGCUCAUCAAGGCGUUCAAGCAGUCGUGCUCCCGUCUGCGGGAGGAGUUCCACUCGCUCGAGAUGGAGCUCGCGGAGUUUACGGCGGUGCUGGAUGAGAUGACGAAGAACACGUAUGUGCUUGUGAUUGUGCAUAAUCCGGUCGUCGAGACCGCUGCGAUCAAGAUGAACAUCCGUAUUGCCCGUAGGAAGUUUGAGGAGCUGCAAGGGGACAAUACGCCGUCGUGA